UGAAAAAGUUGGUGAGAGUCUUUUUUAAGGAAGCCCAAUGGUUGGACGUCAAUAUAUUCCAACAUGUGAAGAGAAUAUGAAAAAUGCACUUGUAAGUUGUGCCUAUAUGAUGCUUUCAACAACUUCCUUAGUUGGUAUGGAGGAAUUUAUAAGCAGAGAGACUUUUGAAUGGAUGAUAAAUGAACCUUUAAUCGUUCGAGCUUCAGCAGUAAUUAGCAGACUAAUGGAUGAUAUUGUUGGACAUGAAGAGGAACAACAAAGAGGACAUGUAGCUUCAAUAAUUGAAAGCUACAUGAAAGAGAGUGGAGUUUCAAAGCAAGAGGCAUACAUUGAGUUUCAGAAAGAAGUCACGAAUGCAUGGAAAGAUAAAUAGAGAAUUCCUCCGUCCUACUGAAGUACCAAUGUUUGUCCUCGAAAGAGCUUUGAAUCUCGCACGUGUGAUAUACACUCUGUACCAAGAGAAAGAUGGAUACACAAACGCCAAAGGCAAACUUAAAGACAUGAUUAACUUGUUGUUUGUUGAAUCUGUCAAAAUAUGAUGCACCUUCUGAGAGCAAGUUGCCUCUACUUUAUCAGGAAAAAGAGAUCAGCAGUUGGAUUGUCUUUUUACUCAUGUUUCUUUUCAAUAAAACAUAACAUGAAGUUGUACUAUUUAGUCC